AUGGCUGAUCAAAAUGCGUCUGAGAAAUGUUCUAAUGUCAAUCAUGAAUAUAAUAAUCAAUCUAGCUCAAUGGCGGUUUCCCAGCCACAUAAUCAAAAUGACAUUCCUUCUUGUGUAUUUGAGGACUCUGCUGAAAGCCUGGUCUUGCAUAAAAUGCCUAAACAAGUUGAGAUCGAAGGCAGAGAAACAGCACCAAAGGGGCACUUUGUAGUGUACGUGGGAAGUGAAAUGACUAGGUUUGUCCUUCCUACAUCUUUUCUGAAGAAUCCAUUAUUCCAACAACUGCUUGAUAAGGCUGCUGAAGAAUUUGGUUUCGAUAACAGAAGCAGAAUUGUUCUUCCUUGUGAUGUGUCUAAGUUCCAAAGACUCGUUGCCUUCUUGGCCAAACGCUAG